UAAAUCCUUUGGACGUUUCAGAGCGUGAGCCAGUAGAGAGAACUGGUUUUGUUACAGAGAGAAGUUAGAGAGAGGAACUGGUUUUGGGCAUAUAAAAAACCGCUAUUUUGUUGGGCGUUUCUGGUUUUAAUGGCGUCUUCUGCUUUGUUAGGGGAAACGCUGGCCCAGGUCCUGAUACCUGUGGCCGCCAUUAUAGGGAUAGUGUUCGCGCUAUUACAGUGGUAUUUGGUUUCACAAGUUAGGGUCUCACCGGAACAUCGUUCUGGUGCGAACAAUGGGUAUGAUGAUAGGUUAAUUGAAGAUGAGGAAGAGGGAGCAGAUAGUGUUGGAGUUAUCACUAAAUGUGCAGAAAUUCAGCAAGCCAUAUCAGAGGGUGCUACUUCCUUCCUGUACACCGAGUACAAGUACCUGGGCAUUUUCAUGGGUGCUUUUGCUAUCAUUAUAUUUCUAUUCCUUGGUUCCGUAAAGGGUUUUAGCACUCAGAGUGAACCCUGCUCUUAUAACAAGGAGAAACUUUGCAAGCCAGCUCUAGCUAAUGCCGUUUUUACCACUGUCGCCUUCUUGCUCGGUGCUGUUACCUCAGUUCUUUCUGGCUUUCUUGGCAUGAAGAUUGCCACUUAUGCAAAUGCCAGAACUACCCUCGAGGCAAGGAAAGGGGUUGGCAAGGCUUUCAUUACAGCUUUCAGGUCUGGUGCAGUGAUGGGUUUUCUUCUUGCUGCAAAUGGGCUUCUAGUUUUGUAUAUUACCAUUAAUCUGUUUAGGCUUUACUAUGGUGAUGACUGGGAAGGCCUUUAUGAAUCCAUUACUGGUUAUGGCCUUGGUGGUUCAUCUAUGGCUCUUUUCGGAAGAGUGGGUGGGGGAAUAUACACCAAAGCUGCAGAUGUUGGUGCUGAUCUUGUUGGGAAGGUUGAGAGAAAUAUUCCGGAAGAUGAUCCUCGAAACCCAGCUGUGAUUGCUGAUAAUGUUGGUGACAAUGUCGGGGAUAUUGCUGGAAUGGGUUCAGACCUUUUCGGUUCAUAUGCUGAGGCCUCAUGUGCAGCGCUCUUUGUGGCAUCAAUUUCAUCUUUUGGAAUCAACCAUGAUUUCUCGGCAAUGUCAUACCCUCUAAUUAUCAGUGCCAUGGGGAUCGUGGUCUGCCUUAUCACCACUCUUUUUGCCACUGAUUUCUUUGAAAUCAAAAGUGUGGCUGAGAUUGAGCCUUCAUUGAAGCGGCAGCUACUCAUCUCCACAAUCCUGAUGACUAUUGGCAUUGCAAUUGUCAGCUUUGUUUCUCUACCCUCUGAAUUCACUCUUUUCAACUUUGGGACCGAGAAGACUGUUAAAAAUUGGCACCUCUUCGUCUGUGUGGCGAUUGGAUUGUGGGCUGGACUUGUUAUUGGAUACACAACUGAGUACUAUACUAGCAAUGCUUACAGUCCUGUGCAGGAUGUCGCAGAUUCUUGCCGGACUGGUGCUGCAACCAAUGUAAUUUUUGGUUUGGCACUUGGAUACAAGUCAGUAAUUAUCCCCAUCUUUGCCAUUGCUGUUGCAAUUUACGUGAGCUUCAGCUUGGCCGCCAUGUAUGGGAUAGCAGUUGCUGCUUUGGGGAUGCUUAGCACAAUCGCCACUGGUCUUGCCAUUGAUGCCUAUGGACCCAUCAGUGACAAUGCUGGAGGAAUUGCAGAGAUGGCUGGGAUGAGCCACAAGAUUCGAGAGAGAACAGAUGCCCUCGAUGCAGCUGGAAACACGACUGCUGCCAUUGGCAAGGGUUUUGCUAUUGGUUCAGCUGCUCUUGUCUCUCUGGCUCUCUUCGGCGCAUUUGUUAGCAGGGCCGGCAUCAAGGUUGUUGAUGUGUUGUCACCAAAGGUUUUCAUAGGGUUAAUAGUGGGAGCAAUGCUUCCCUAUUGGUUUUCUGCCAUGACGAUGAAGAGUGUGGGAAGUGCAGCCUUAAAGAUGGUGGAAGAAGUUAGGAGGCAAUUCAAUACCAUCCCUGGCCUGAUGGAAGGGCAUGCAAAGCCUGACUAUGCAACUUGUGUUAAGAUAUCAACUGAUGCUUCUCUCAAAGAGAUGAUACCACCAGGUGCCCUUGUUAUGCUCACCCCGUUGAUUGCUGGCACUUUCUUUGGUGUCGAAACCCUUGCUGGAGUCCUUGCAGGUUCUCUUGUUUCGGGUGUGCAGGUGGCUAUAUCGGCUUCCAACACUGGUGGUGCCUGGGAUAAUGCAAAGAAAUACAUUGAGGCCGGUGUUUCACAGCAUGCUCAAUCUUUGGGCCCAAAGGGUUCUGACCCUCACAAGGCAGCUGUAAUCGGUGAUACCAUUGGAGACCCCCUUAAGGAUACAUCAGGCCCAUCUCUCAACAUUCUCAUCAAGCUCAUGGCUGUCGAGUCCCUCGUGUUCGCUCCCUUCUUUGCUACCCAUGGAGGUCUUCUCUUCAAAUUGCUGUGAAAUUAUUAGCUGCAAAGUCCCAACGGUUUAUCUAACAAAAGAACAUGGUAGGAAAACAAGAGAUAAAAGCUAGCCAUAAUCUUGGCUGUAGUUUUGCCCUCAUAAGAUUAUUUAGCCUUUGAAACCAGUGUAUUUUGAUUUAUCAUCUCGAUCAGGUUGGGUCUAAUCAACUCCUGCAUAAUCUUUCUGCUUUGUGUCUUCGGGCUCACAUUUUGGUUUCUCUGUGAUAAUUAUAGCUUUACCUUCUGUCUUUCA